UGUUGAAGGUAACUUGACGGUUUGCUUUGACUCCACAGUGUCAGUCGUGGCGUAGCUGGGAACCGCGGACAUGACUUUUUUAAUGAAAUUUUGCACUGCUGUGGUCAACACGUUAUGUUUACCUCUGCAUCUGAUGCAUGCGCUCGGUAUGUAUGAGAUAUACAAACGCAUCUUUCCAAUAUGUCUGUACCGAAUAUCUGCAAGCUACAACAAGAAAAUGCACGAUAAGAAGAGAGACCUGUUUCGCAGUCUGUCAGAGUUCAAGCCCAGUGGGAAACUGACGCUGCUGGAAAUAGGCUGCGGCACUGGCACUAAUUUUGAGUUUUAUCCGCCGGGUUGCAAGGUGGUGUGCACCGACCCCAACCCUCAUUUCGAGAAAUAUCUGAAGAAAUCCAUGGACGAAAAUGGCCACCUCACAUAUGACAGAUUUGUGGUGGCUUCAGGGGAGGACAUGGGGUCAGUUGAGGACGAGUCUGUGGACGUGGUCGUGUGCACCCUGGUGCUGUGUUCUGUCAACAACAUCCCGCAGACCCUGAGGGAGGCUCACCGUAUACUCAGACCCGGUGGAGCCUUUUUUAUGGAGCAUGUCGUAGCUGACACCUCUUCCUGGACGUACUUCUUCCAGCAUGUUUUGCAGCCUUUUUGGUACUACUUCGGUGAUGGAUGUGAUCUCACCCGGGCGACAUGGAAACAUCUGGAGGCGGCUGGAUUCUCUGAGCUCAAACUAAGACACAUUGAAGCACCUUUUAUUUUUGUAAUCAAACCACACAUCACAGGCUAUGCUGUAAAAUAAGCAUCUUAUUAGUUUAGUAGUAAGCCUCCUUCACAACUGGUGUAAUAAUAUACCAAGCACAAAAAGCCUCUCCUGCACUAUGUACUCUGAUGUAAUCAAUCACCAGUAAAGAUAACACCCAUUGUGUUAAUACUAACCUCUUUAUUUUUAUAUUGAAAAUAUAUAUAUCCUAAGUGUUGCUGUGUAAAGACAAAUUAUUUUAGCACAAACCUUAGACGGCACGAUACUAAUUUUGAUGCAUUUUGAGUGAAUAAUAUGUAAACUCCAUUUUUCACCUGUAGGCUGAUAAAUCAGUGUUGCACUAAAUAAUCACUGCCAAACCAUGUCCCACUGUGCUACUGUUGGAUUUCUAUGUGCCUGUCUUUGAAAAUCAUUAAAAAGUUGUUAUGAACUAUA